AUGACCACCCAAAAAACAAUCCUCUUCCUUGGCGCCACCGGCGGCGUCGGCCUCUCCGCGCUCCGCCGCUCCCUCGCCGCCGGCCACACCUGCAUCGCCCUCUGCCGGACCCCUGCCAACCUCACCGCCCAGCUCACCAACACCACCACCAAAAACAACAACACCACCACCACUACCACCCUCCCGCCCAACCUGCACAUCAUCACCGGCAACGCGCACAACCCCUCCGACCUGCGCGCCUGCCUGACCCACCCCUCCACUACCUCAUCCGGCGGCAGCGGGGUGGAUAUCAUCGUCAGCUCGAUCGGCGCACGGCCGACGCUGCGGGGGAUGUCGGAUCCGCUUGUGUGCGAGAAGGGGAUGGAGGUGUUGUUUGGGGGCGUUGAAGGCCGUGUAGGGAGCAAAGGAGCGGAAACGGGAUAG